AUGCAGUCUGGCGGCCCUUCACCUCUGCCAUCAUUCCCGGCAUCCCGGGAUGGCACACCUGGUGGCAACGACACCAUCACCAACAGUGUCACGAAUGGUCACACUGACGCCAUCAAUGGCACCAGCACCCACGACACCAACGGCAUCAACGGUACCACGAACGGCGUGCAGAAACGGACAAAGAUCUGUGUCUACUGCGGUGCCUCGCCUGGUUUCAAGCCCCAGCACAUGGAGGCCGCUCGUGAGCUGGCCAGGGUCAUGGCAGAAAACAACAUUGACCUCGUCUACGGCGGUGGCACUGUCGGCCUGAUGGGCGAGGUGGCAAAGUCCCUUGUUGCCCUCGCUGGUCCGGACUCGGUCCAUGGCAUCAUCCCCGAGGCCCUCGUCAGGUACGAGCGCGACGGGACCUAUGGCACCAUUAACAAGGACAACAUGUACGUACCCGACGAGGUCGUUUACGGCCGCACCACGGUCGUCAAGGACAUGCACACGCGCAAGCAGAUGAUGGCCAAGGAGGUUUUCGCUGGUGGCCCCGGAAGCGGCUUCAUCGCCCUGCCCGGCGGCUACGGCACCAUCGAGGAGGUCCUCGAGACGGCCACUUGGAACCAGCUCGGCAUCCACGACAAGGGUAUUUGCCUCCUCAACAUCAACGGCUUCUACGACGGCAUCCUCGAAUGGGUCGGCAAGAGCGUUGACGAGGGCUUCAUCAAGGCCGCCAAUGCCGACAUCCUCGUCACCUCCACCACCCCUGAGGGCGCUAUCCAAGCGCUCCGCGAUUACAAGGUUUCCGAGGCCACCUUCAAGCUCGACUGGACCAAGUCGUAA